AUCAUCAGGUCGGGGAGCAUUUUUCUCUUCGUUCUCGCCAUUUUAGUGGCCGCCCCCACAUUCAAGAUCUUCCUAAAUCUGUUCUUUUCUUUUGUGACUGUCUACGAUAUGUGUGAGGGCUGAGCGCGGCCGGGGUCUCCCCUCUCCCCCCGUCUGCCCGCUGCCGACGUUCUCCUCUUUUCCAGAGCGUUUUCCAUGGUCACUUUAGCGCUGGGCGACGUCUUCUGACCAACUUUUGGUUUUCUUUGUCCUGACUUUGCAGGAUCGCCAAGUCCGUGCUUCGUCCCCCCCGGACCCCGCAGCAGCUGUUGGCAUUGCCUCCUUAACCCCUUCACGACCAGGAAACUGAACUUCAAGGGGAGACUCCUGACGCCGAGACCCCACGACACGCAGGACCCCGGCGACGCAGAUACCGUUUCCUCCCAUCAAUGAUGAGAGAUUCAAACUUCAAGAAAGCAAAGAAGGAGAGACGGAAGAAUGUAAGAGAGGGGAGGGGGGAAGGAAGCCGAAAGUGAGAGACGGCCGAGGAGAGAGCAUGAAGAAGGGCGAGACCUCAGCUGACGAGACCCAGCAGAAAGUGGUGCGCCAGUCAGAGGUCACGGUCACGGCUGACCCCUGCGGACUUCAGGCUGCACCCCAAGCUCUCUGGGAUGUCCUCACAGGAGACGUCUUAUGAGAUGAUUGAACUGAAGACCUUGAGUCCACGUGAUGAGCUGGAUGGUCUGGAUCUGACCAAGAACCCUAGAGGAGGACACCGCCUGGAGCGGACGAACGCGGUGCGGAUCCCCCCGGGCCGAGCGCCCCUCAUUCUACAGCGGAGCCUGCGGAGAAGGGUCGCACCAGGACAGGACGAUGCUCUGCCGCCAGGAAAAGUAGGGAAGGGCCAUUACUUCCAGCCGACGUCCCACACGCAGUACACCUGGUGCGACCUCUGCGGGGACUUCAUCUGGGGCAUCUACCGGAAGAGCCUGCGCUGUGCCUACUGCAGCUUCACGUGUCACUACCGGUGCCGCGCUCUCAUCCGGUUAGACUGCAGCACAGGAGAAGACGCAGACAGCGACAUAUCACAAGACGCCACCUGGGAGAAAGACACUAAUGUGGAUGAGAAACCGGAGAAGCAAACGCCGGCGCUGAGCGCGAAGGAGAGCGAGCGGAUGAUCAAGGACUACAACGCCCAGAUCAAGAGCAAUCUCUUCAUGAGCCUGAAUAAAGAUGGCUCCUACACCGGCUUCAUUAAGGUCCACCUGAAGCUCGUCCGCCCGGUCUCGGUGCCGGCAGCGAAGAAGCCGUCCUGUAAUCACGAGCGGAGAGGAGCCGCACGAUCCCAGCAAGUGAAGCGCAGAACCUCCUUCUACCUCCCCAAAGAGGCCUCCAAACACCUGCACCUCGGCUCCUGCACCCCGGCCAGCGAGGUCAUCCAGGCUCUACUGCGAAAAUUCACAGUUCUAGAUAACCCCAGGAAAUUCGCCUUAUUCCAGAGGACGGAGAAGGACGGACAAGUUUGCAUGAGGAAGCUCUCGGACGAUGAGGAGCCAUUGAAGCUGCGUCUGAUCUCCGGACCGUGUGAGAAGUCUCUGAGCUUCAUCCUGAAGGAGAAUGAGACGGGGGAAGUUAAUUGGGACGCGUUCAGUAUGCCUGAGCUGCAGAACUUCCUGCGCAUUCUCCAGCGGGAAGAAGAAGAGCACAUGCGGCAGAUCCUGCAACGCUACGCCCGGUGCCGGCAGCAGAUGCAGGAGGCUCUGGCGUCACGUACCCCCGGCUGAGGCGCAGUGCGUGCCGCUACAGGAAAGGAGCGCAUGAAGACUGCACGACUGAUCCAGAGGACGUGGUGUGACUGGAGUGUGGGAGAGCUACGGCCGGGGGCGGCAGAGACCCCCCACAGAAUACAUGUGAGUGAGCGGAAGAGAGAGUGUCUGUAUGGGACACGAGUCGCUGCAUCUGUCCUGGGGACGAUGACACUAAGGUGACGUGAGCCUGUGUCGGGCGCAGCGCUAUGGACAUUGGGGCGCGGGGCGAGGCUGAGCCCAUGAGAUGCCUCGGGGCGAGGGGCCUGCUGUCUGGCUCCCCUCUGAGUCUAGAUGUUUAUAUGUAUGUGUCACUUUGCACUAAUAAAGUUUUGUGCUACAAUCUGUGUUCAAGUC